UGGAAACUGAAACUGAAAAUGCUAAUGAUGCUGAUAUAAAGGCCAUUAAUGAUUGGCUUCCUGUCACUGCCUCCCGAAAUGCCAAAUGGUGGUACUCUGCCUUCCACAACAUCACUGCCAUGGUUGGUGCUGGUGUCCUCACCCUUCCUUAUGCCAUGUCUAUGAUGGGCUGGGGUCCGGGGACAGUUAUACUGCUCUUGUCAUGGAUGAUCACGUUGUUUACCCUAUGGCAAAUGGUUGAGAUGCACGAAAUGGUACCUGGUGUGAGAUUCGAUAGGUAUCAUGAAUUGGGGCAGCAUGCCUUUGGAGAGAAGUUGGGUCUCUACAUUGUGAUUCCUCAACAACUACUUGUUCAGGUUGGCACAUGCAUUGUAUAUAUGGUCACAGGAGGAACAUCGCUAAAGAAGUUUCAUGACACGGUUUGCCCCUCGUGUCAAAACAUUAGGACCUCCUAUUGGAUUGCUAUCUUUGGUUUUGUAAACUUCGUCCUCUCUUUGUGCCCCAACUUCAACUCUAUUUCUGCUGUCUCUUUUGCCGCAGCAGUCAUGUCUAUCGCUUACUCAACCAUUGCUUGGGUGGCUUCCAUUGGCAAGGGAAAACUACCAGAUGUGGACUAUGGCUACAAAGCCCACAGCACUGCCGAUGGUGUAUUCAACUUCAUGUUGGCCUUGGGAGAGGUGGCAUUCUCCUAUGCAGGUCACAAUGUGGUUUUGGAAAUCCAAGCAACAAUACCUUCUACUCCUGAGAAACCUUCCAAGAAAGCCAUGUGGAAAGGAGUUAUAUUUGCCUAUUUAGGAGUCGCCUUUUGCUAUCUCCCUGUGGCCUUCAUUGGAUAUUAUAUAUUUGGCAACUCUGUCCAGGAUAAUAUCCUCAUCACACUAGAAAAACCAACUUGGCUCAUUGCUGCAGCCAACAUGUUUGUUAUUGUCCAUGUUAUUGGAGGCUAUCAGGUAUUCUCAAUGCCGGUGUUUGACAUCAUCGAAACCUUUUUGGUGAAGCAUUUAAAGUUUUCUCCUUGUUUUACACUCCGCUUUGUUGCUCGCACUGUAUUUGUAGCAAUGUCAAUGUUAAUUGCCAUAUGCAUCCCGUUCUUCGGUUCUCUUCUUGGAUUUCUAGGAGGAUUUGCCUUUGCCCCAACAUCAUACUUUCUACCCUGUAUCAUCUGGCUUAAACUCUACAAACCAAAGAGAUUUAGUUUGUCUUGGAUAGUCAAUUGGACAUGCAUUGUGCUUGGGAUGCUAUUGAUGAUACUAGCUCCAAUUGGUUCGUUGAGAAAAAUCAUUGUUUCAGCGGCGAAUUACAAGUUCUUUUCGUGA